UUGAUUGCAGUUGUGAUAAGAGUUUUCACUUUCAAUCCGAAGCUGAAGUUAAGUUCAAUGCUGGUGUUUUUUUGUUGUCGAUGAGGAGAGAGAGUGUUGGUUUUUUUUACUGAUAAGUUACGGUUCUGUUGUAAUGAGCUGGUUAGUUUCACAUAAUCAUGCCUGGCAUCAUCCCUGCACAACCUGAAUUUUUUUCUGCGAAAAGUUUUCCAGGAUCUGCCUUGCCGCGAUAACUAGCUCUCAGUUGUGCAAUUCAGACGAGAUGCAAUCCGUCGCGAAAGUAUGCCUCAAGUUGCUGUUGAACAAAUUGCACCAGAGUGUGGACGAAUAUUUGCUUGUGCAAGUAGACAUUCUUGACUUCGACACAGGUAGUAAAGAUCUCUCUACAACCUCCCAAGCCAACUGCCCCUUCCGGCACUCUGCCAGAACCCAAACUCUACCCGCAAACCAGGAUAAGGCAGAGGGAAGAAGACUGACGUAGUUGUGGGGUGGUCUACUUGGAAUCAGCAUCAGCAUCACAGUGAGCCGGUAGUGGAAUCAGAUCACCCGAGGUGGUGAUCUGUGUGGCUAUGGAGCUGGUUAGGGGGAUCUACUGUUGCAGGGUUGCAACAAGCGUACCCUUUACCUGCGCAUCACAGGUAAGAAGAGCCGCUGCAACCACCUUGCGAUGUGACUCUGUGGGGAGGUUUGAGAUGGGUGUGCCAGGGACAUCACGGUGUGUGUCAGGGGCGGACACGGUCAUGAUUACAGACCCUUUCUUACAGACCCUUUCAGAGGGAGAUCGCGUACAAGGAAUAGUCCGCGACCGGGCAAUCAUUGGGUGCGGGUAUCGGCAUCGAGCGAGAGGCUCGUGUGCCGGGAUGUUCUUGCGCAUUUUGACCGUGGUGCGAGGGGAAGAAGGGGUGGCAUGGGUGAGAAGAGAGGAUUUGUGACGCACAGGAGGAGUGGGUUGCUGCGGAGGGACGAGAUGGAUUUCGCGAUGUCGCAUUUGAUGGACCCGGCGCCGUUCCGUGGUGUCUGUCAUGCGCCGUCGCGGGUGCGGGACGCCAGGGAUUCGACAGUGCCCAUGGCGUUCUUCGGUUUUGGGAAGAAACAACUUCCGGACGUUGUGCAAGCAGGAGACCCCGUGCUGCACAAGCCUGCAGAAGAAGUGAAGAGAGAAAACAUCGGGAGCUCACUCAUUGAGAAGACCAUCAAUGACAUGGUGGACGUCAUGCGUGCCGGCCCUGGUGUAGGCUUGGCUGCUCCUCAGAUUGGGGUCCCUCUUCAGAUUAUCGUGCUGGAGGAUACGAAAGAACUUAUGAGUUACACAUCCCCUGAAGAAUGCGAAGCCCAACAGAGAUCACCUUUCGAUCUUUUGGUUAUCAUUAACCCAAAGAUAGAAAAGAAGGAAGGCCGCGGCACAGCAUACUUCUUCGAAGGUUGUCUCAGCGUUGAGGGAUAUCGGGCCCUUGUGGAAAGGCACUCGGAAGUCGAAGUUACUGGCCUUGGAAGAGAUGGGAGACCUUUGCACUUAACGGCUAAAGGAUGGAAGGCACGUAUAUUACAGCACGAGUAUGACCACUUGCAGGGCACUCUGUAUGUAGACAAAAUGGUGAAGCGGACAUUCCGAACCACGGAAAAUCUGAGGCUUCCUUUACCAUCUGGUUGUCCUCGACCUGGUGUUUGCCCCAAUUGUACAUAAAACUGUAAUUUAGAAAUUUUCUCCAGAACAUAUUUUUGAGUUUUA